GAUAAGCUGUCAGACGUCCUCUUCCUCGAAUGGCAGCACCAGGCCGACGUUCAGGGAACUGACGUCAAAAAUCUGCGGUACUACUUCCAGCUUCCGGUGAAGAACACCCCAUCGCAGGCUGCCAUAGCUCGGGCUCUCGAAGGGCGGCCUGUGUCAAAAUGGCCGGGUGUAACGUUGAGCAUGGACUCCGAGGAGGGGAAGGCUCUGCUGGGGACUCCGAAUGGAAACAGCCUGGGUUGGUUCCUUAUCAACCACAAGGCUCAACUGGGGCUGAAGACGGUCGAGUCGGUAACGGUGUUUGGAGUGGGA